AUGUUCACCUCAACCAUCAUCACCAGUCUGAUCCUAGGCCUGGCCCAGCUCCCAUGCAGCCAUGCCCUGCCAGCAACCGAAGCCACUCAAAAUGGCUUCAUAAUCAACCACGUCGCCUCCGACUACUUCCCGCACUCAAAGAGCGACCUGAGCGCCUUCAACGUGGAUGUCCGCUAUGUGGGCUACACACCCGCAACACAGGACUGGCUGACAGCCCUGAACCCGCACAGCGGAGCUAGCGACGAAGACAAGGCACGCAUGCUCACCGAAGCAGCCUACGCGAAGCAAUACGAUGACAACGAUGCCGACAUGGCAAACGAUGUGCAAGCUCUGCUAGCGCACAUCGCUGGCAACAGCACCAUCAGCAGUGGUAGCACCAACGGCAGCAUCCAAAAGCGAUCCAGCUUCGCGACUAGCGCUGCGCAUGCGGUUGUCUGGGAGGCGUGCAAGGGCUUUUUUGCUUGCAUCUCCGGCGAAACUUGCAGUUUCAAUCAGGAUAUUGGCAAGGCCCCGCGCAGUCACUGCGAAUCGCAUGGCGGUUCAAACUGCUGUAUUAGUUGGUCGAACUAUAAUGUUCGUGCUGGGUUCUUUGCUACUACUUGGACGACUUGCAAUGAGGAGGUUAAGGCUGAAGGAAAGACUAGUGCUUCUUGUGAGGGUUAUGGAAGCAGUGACCAGGGUGGUGAUGUUUGUCUUAGCAACCGGGCUUCAGGGUGUACUUAG